CAGCAUCCUUUUUAGCAGCGUUUUUAAAUCAUUACAGGAAUAUUUUUACAAGGAAGACUGAACACAAGGGAAAUUUCAAGAAGCAACACGACUAGUAACUCCAUCUGACUGAUCUUUUCUUAGUGUUUUUGUGUCUUCUGCUGGAAUUGAUGAUGAAGCCAGUUGGACGGUGGGUUCCGUUUUUCUUUGUACUGUGGGCAACAUGGGAAACAGCUUUGUCUGUGACGCGAUAUUCCAUACCGGAGGAGAUGGAGCGCGGGUCCGUUGUUGCAAAUCUAGCCGCUGAUUUAGGGCUAGAUGUUAGUGGACUAGCACAGCGAGAGGUAAAACUUGAUAUUUUCCAUAACAACAAAUAUCUAGAUGUUAAUAAAAUUACUGGCGAGUUAUUUAUUGUUGAGAAAAUGGAUAGGGAAAAUCUGUGUCCUACGAAAACCACGACAACCUGUUUUCUAAAAUUAGACUUAAUAAUUGAAAGCCCCUUGCGCAUUUUCAAUAUUGAAUUGGGCAUCACAGACAUUAACGAUAAUGCUCCUCAUUUCCGGCGAGAUAAAAUUGAAUUGGAUGUCUCAGAGUCCGCAACACCGGGAGAAAGAUUUUCUUUGCCCAAUGCUUUUGACCCGGACGUUGGUGCCAAUACAGUCAAGACCUAUAAAUUAAGUGAAAGUGCACAUUUUACUGUUGAUAUACAUUCUGGUAGUGAUGGAACAAAAUAUGUCGAUUUGGUUCUCAUGAAGGCUUUAGACAGGGAAGAGAAGGCUGUUCAUAAUCUGAUACUCACUGCAAUUGAUGGCGGCGUCCCUGCGCGCUCUGGCACGGCUAGUAUUAUUGUGCGCGUCCAAGAUACAAAUGACAACGCCCCUCAGUUUGAUCAGGCAGUUUAUUCUCUGAAUAUGAGCGAGAAUUCUCCAGCUGGCACUGUUGUUAUUAAAUUAAAGGCUACUGAUGCUGAUGAAGGCCCAAACGCAGAUCUUACAUACUCAUUUACGCUUUACACUUCUGAGAAAACACAGGAGAUGUUCUCGCUGAAUUCAAAAACUGGCGAAAUUGCAGUUAAAGGCACCAUUGAUUAUGAAGAUAUGAAAAUAUUUGAGAUGUUCGUUGAAGCUAAAGACAAUGGUCCGGUUCCACUCUCCGGUCAAUGCAGAGUGACUGUGUAUGUUAAGGAUAUGAACGAUAACUAUCCCGAGAUAACCAUAAAAUCUCUUAAGAACACAGUGGAUGAAAACGUCCCAGUCGGGUCUGUUAUAGCUCUGGUGGGUGUUAGUGACAGAGACACGGGGAAUAACGGUAAGGUAAAUCUGACAAUGAACAAGUCCUUGCCGUUUAUUUUAAACAAAACCUCUGACUACCUCUAUAAGUUAUUGGUGUCGGAACUGUUAGAUCGUGAAAUUGUCCCAGAAUAUGAGAUCACGUUGGUUGUGACGGAUGAAGGAAGUCCUCCCUUAUCUGAUAACGAAACUAUAAGUGUCCAUUUGCUAGAUGUCAACGAUAACGCACCUCAGUUCCCACAGACAUUCUACACGAUACCUGUUAUGGAGAAUAACGCACCAGGAGCUUUACUGAGCUCUUUAACUGCUAUAGAUCCAGAUCUUCAUGAAAAUCAGUAUCUAGUCUAUUUUAUCAUAGAGAAGGAAAUAGUGAACACCUCCAUGUCCAUGCUGUUCUCCAUUAACCCAGAGAACGGGAAUCUUUACGCGCUAAAGACGUUUGACUAUGAGAUAGAGAAGGAGUUCCUUUUCCACAUCGAGGCCAGAGACUCUGGCGUUCCUCCGCUCAGCAGUAACGUGACCGUUCACAUUAUUAUCAUGGAUCAGAACGACAACACGCCGCUUAUAGUGUCUCCAUGGCGCGCGCACGGCUCGGUGGUGGAGGAAAAGAUCCCGAGAUCCACCGAUAAAGGGUCUCUGAUAGCCAAAGUCAUCGCCAUAGACUCUGAUUCAGUGCACAACUCUCGAAUCACGUACCAGUUCCUCCACAACACUGACGCCACAUUAUUCCGCUUGGAUCAAUAUAACGGAGAGAUCCGGACCAUGAGAAUGUUCAGUUACAGAGACUCGCGCCACCAGCAGCUGGUUGUGAUCGCCAAGGACAACGGAGAGCCCGCGCUCUCUGCUACAGUCACCAUCAAACUGUCCACGGUGGAGACCGCCCUUAAAACCUAUGCUGACAUGACUGAGGUGCCUUUGGCAUAUGACAUCUUCUCCGAUUUAAACCUGUAUCUGGUGAUCGGACUGGGCUCUGUUUCAUUUCUUUUACUCAUCACUAUAUUGGUCACCAUCGUGCUGAAGUGUCAGAAAACGAAGCCCAGCAAAGCGGCUCCUCCGUGCAGGAACAGUGUGAUCAGCGAGAGGAACUCGACCAUCGCGGAUUCCACUCUGGUCUCCAACGAUGCCUACUGGUACAGUUUAUUUCUAGCAGAAACAAGGAAAGGAAAGCUGGUGGUCAGACAGCCUGUGCCAAAGGGAGCGAGAUACAUCGUGUCCAGUUUACCGAGGAGCACAGGACUGACCGAGACCAGCGACUCAGCUGCAUCUACACUACAGUACUCAAAAUGAACGAGGUCCCUUCUCCCGCUGGAGGCGUCCACCACCACCAGCAGCAGUUCCAGCUAAGGAUCCUCCCAACCGUAUUGCCGGAGCAAAGUAUGAAAAACGUUCCAUCAACCUGCAUGUCUGUCCACCUGUAUCCAUCAUAUUCACCUGCACCAUCCUACAGAGAUGAAACCAACCCUGAGUGAUGCCUACAGCUUCAUGUCAAUGUUCGGAGAGUUUGCCCUCACUUUCCCUAACAAGCUCAUUGUUGAUCUGACCAGAGGAAUGACGGAAGAUCUUUUGCCUAUGAUACUAAGAGACACUCUUACACCUGACCGGUCAGGAUUGGGCAUGGACUGGAUCUGUGAGCACACGCACGCACGCACGCACACACACACACACGCACACACACACACACACACACACACACACACACAAAUUCAUAUCUUCAAACAGCACAGCUCAUGUCUUUAUCAAAGAAACUUUUCUGCAAAUCCAGUAUGCUUAUGUUUGCAUGGUUAAAGCGCCAUGUUAGAUCUUCAUUAUAUUUAGUGACUGGUAAAGACAAAGAUAAAUUAUUAACAGAAUAUUCUCACAUGAACUGACGUGGACACUGGAUUGCAAAAAAAAAAAAGAAUUCUUAAUCAGUGGUUUUGUCUUAUUUUCUGGUAAAAUUAUCUAAAAAUGCUUGCAAUAAGAUUAAUUUACAGCAUAAGCAAACAUUGUGUAAACCUCAACUAAACUAAAAUCUGAAAAUCAAGUCACUCAUUCAUGCUCUGAAAAGCACUAAUAUCUUUGCAUUUUAUUACUGAUGUAAAUAUAUCUGGUUUCAAGCAUGUUUAGAUAUUUUUACUAGAAAAUAUAGAGAUACUAAUGACAAAUGGACUUUUUUUGCAAUGUGGAUGAUAUUAAACAAGCACAAAGAGGAUUAAAUGAUUCUGCCAUGUUGAGAGAUGGAGUGCGGAGCUUUUGCUAGACUGAAUUUGGACAUUGAAAGCUUCUCUUUCCCUGCAACAGAUGUAUAAAGCCUUUCUUAUGUGUUUUCUUGGAUCUCAUAAAGACUUCUAUCAGAAUAAUGCAAGUGUUAUCCAGUGUAUUCAGAAGAGGUCACAGCAAAUUCGAUUUGUUGUGCCGUAUAGUCUAUAGUCUCUUCUCUGUAGUGUUGUAUUAUGUCUGUGUUACUGUUUGUUUCGGUAUUUUUGAGUUUCAGUAUGUAAAGAAUCAAGUUAAAUCUAAGCACUGAUCUGACACAGAAAGAGUGGAGUAUUGUUGUAGUUAUGUGGUGACUGGUGACAUUCAUGAAUGCACAAAUGCAGACACAGCACAGUGAUGUCAUAGUGCGGACAUUUGAUGGUCACAGUGGUUUCUAAGAGUUUAGGAGAUUCAUUAAGUAGCCACUUCCUGAUGCUCAAGAUUUCUGUCUCAGAUAAAAAAAACACUGACUUCUAAUAGAGACUGUUAAAGAGUGAGUUCCUUCUUGUUGUCCUUUAUAAAAACACCACACUAUUUCAGAGAUAAAGACCAUCAAACUUCACUAAAUCUUUGAAAUAAGGCCAAAUAUAAAGAGCACUCAAGGUGGUGGGUGACUUUUACUUUAAAACAAGAAAAGAUGAGAACUGCUAAUGUUUACUUAUCAACUGUAUAAUUAUCUGAUGUUAUGACAUGUUUAAUAUUCAUGGAAAUGCUUUGAAAAAAAAAGACAGUUAAGCCAAGUGAAAAUACACUGCAUUGUGCAUUGAAAUGCACUAGCCAAAUAUUAUUUUUUUUCUUCAUUUUUUUUCUGGUGUUAAAAUUAUGUAUUAAUAUUAAU